UCACGCCACGUGCACGCCGCCCCGAUUCGACUGGCCGUCGCUCCUGAAUUCCGCGUCACAUGGCCUCGUCUCUUUCACCCGCUAUUUAAAACAGAGCCUCCCGUUUCUCUCUCUGAAACAUACUCCUCAGACUGCUUUUCGGUGCUUUUUCCUUACCAAAAAUAAAACCCUAAUAAAUUAUUUACAUAAAAUUCGUUUCUUGCGACCCCCCCAAUUGACACGAAACGUUUCGCAGCUUUUGCAGAUCUCGGACCAACGCUCUUGUUCGAGGUUUUCGUUUCUUUCUUUCUCUCUCUCUCUCUUUUCCAGCUUGAGCUUUGUGAAGGUCAAUCUUUUGGGAUUUUCCUGGUAAAUUCGACAACUUAAGAGGGUUUUGUUGUUUAAAGUUCGAGGUCUGGGUCUCAUGAGAAUUGUCAGGGGAAUGCAGAGAUCGUUUCGCGAGGAGCAGAAGGCACUCGGCUGGAAAAAAUCAUUCAGCCAAGGGAUUGGCGUGACUGCGCCCAAGGCAAGAACGCGUGACAAACCGAUGAGUUGGGUUUUCAGUCUCUAAGUUUGGAUUCUGGGAGGCUCGAGCUAGGGUUUGGUUCAGGACGAUUAAAAAAUGACUCGGAUUUUGGUUCAGCGAGGAUCUGGCAGCGGCUCUUCUUCGAACCCGAGCCGUAAUUCUACUUUUCCUGGGUCUUCUUCCGCUCGGGCAGAGCCACAGGUUACAACUCCUCAGGUUCUUUCAGCUGUGAAAGAUGAGGAAAUUGGAGAGGAGGUGCAAGAACAAGCUGUGGUGGAUGAACUUUUGGAGUUAUGUGGAAGUAGUGAUAAUAAGGUGGCAAAAGGUGAUGAUCUUUUGAUGGAAAGCUUUGAUAAUGAUCAGAAUGGGAGUUCAAGUGAUGAAAUUAACGAUAGCCAAAACGUUGAUACUGAUGAAAUCGUGGGUCCGGGAGAGUUGAUGAAAGGGAUGGGUGGGUUGAGAAUUUCAGAGAGGCUUACAGUUGAAACUGAGGGCUCAAGUGCGAAUUCUGCGCCGUCAGAUAGCGGGAGUUCACAGCCACCUCCUCCACCUGUCCCACCCCCGAAACCUUCUGCAGGAAACUCAAAUUCUAGGAGAGUUGUCUCAGGAAAUUCAAAUGCUGUGCGGAUUGGGUCAUCCAGAAGAGCAGUUGCCUGGCCUGUUGUUUCAACAAGGACUUCACCCACUUGUUCACGGCCCUCUUCUCCCAGGUCUCAUGGUGAAAACGAGGGUUAUAAUAGCGCUGAUGAGCAAAACCCUUGCUUUGUUUCCUCUUAUGAUGACAUAGAAAGAGAGCGGCAAUUUGAAAUUGACAUUAGAAGGGCAAAAGGUUUAGAAGUCAAAAAAAUGCUGGAGGAUGGGAAUUGUCUCUUUCGCGCUGUGGCAGAUCAAGUUUAUGGGGACUCGGAAGCAUAUGAUUUAAUCAGACAAAUGUGCAUAGAUUAUAUGGAGCGGGAAAGAGACCACUUCUCUCAGUUUAUAACAGAAGGCUUUACUUCUUAUUGUAAGAGGAAGAGAAGAGACAAGGUCUAUGGAAACAAUGUGGAGAUCCAAGCUUUAUGCGAAAUGUAUAAUCGGCCUAUCCAUAUUUAUUCCUAUAGCACAGCAGAGCCUAUCAACAUAUUUCAUGGAAGUUACGACACUGACACACCUCCCAUUCGACUGAGCUAUCAUCAUGGGAAUCAUUACAACUCUCUUGUUGACCCUCGCCGUUUGACUAUUGGUGCAGGACUUGGAUUUAGCUGUCUUCAUGGGAGAAAUGUUGACAAGGAUCAAGUCAAGGCAGCUAUUAAAGCUCAGCAAGACCAACAGAUUGAUAAUGCACUUCUAGCCGAGGGGCGAUUCUACUCUGAUCUUGAGCUCACUGAGAAGGAAAUUGAGCGCAUGGUGAUGGAAGCUUCUCGGGCCGAGUAUGUUGCAGAUGACUCAUACAAGCAGCAUCUUGGCCGUAGAGAAUCUUCCACUUCUAGUGCUGAACCAUCAUCUUCUGGUGCUAGCCGUGAGACCAAGUUGGAAGGUGGUUUACAAGAAUCUGUCCUUAGCAGCAGCAGCAUGCAGAUGGUUCUGUCAAUGGGGUUCAGCUAUUUGCAGGUGAUCGAGGCCUACAGCAUAUUUGGGGAUGAUGUGGAUUCCAUGGUUUGUUUCUUGUUGGAAACAAGCAGCAGCAGCAGGCGCAAAGGCAAGGCAACUGAAUAAUGGGUUUCCAAACCAACACACUGGCUGCUGCAUUUACUGGUUUAAGAAACCAUUUCUAUAAACAGAGGCCUGCGGGCUGUGAGCCUUAUUUAUGUUAUCUGAGGCUUCAUCAAUAAAAUGUACUUAAAACUCUA